UCUAAUACCCUCUGUGAUUGAGGUUAUUAUUUGAUAUUUAUUUUUAAUUACAAUAAAAUAAAGUUUAAUUAAAAUGCCAUUACCACCAGCUAGUGGUACUGGUCUAUAUUAUGCGAAAGCAGCUAAAUCUAUUCGUCUGAUUCGUCAGGGUUGUACAAACAGACCAUUUUUUCACAUAGCUGUAACUCACCGCCGACGCCUAAACAGCCAGCCAGUCAUAGAGCAGCUCGGAUCUUACGACCCAGUACCAAAUGUUUACAAUGAAAAAUUAGUAGCUUUGAAUUUGGAAAGAAUAAAAUAUUGGCUAGGCAAAGGUGCUCAUGUCACGAAUCCAGUAGCCGAAAUACUAGGAUUGGCUGGAUUCUUCCCCAUCCACCCCAGAACAUACAUGACGGCAUGGAGAAACAGACGAACCGAAUCUGAGAAAUUGGCCAAAGAGACCGAAGCCUCUGAAUCUAGUACAUAACGUUUAAUUUAAUAACAUUAUAUUUGUCAAUAGUCAUAUUUAGUUGUAGUUAUGUUAUACAUUUUCUUUAUUAUAUAUAUUGUAUAAGCUAUUAACUUUAAUUCAUC